GCGGAAGCGCGGCGCGGGCUACUUCCGGCUGCGCGUGAGCCGUGAGCGGAGGCGAGACCCACGGAGGCUGCAGCGCACCGCGACGCGACAAGAUGGCCGGGCUGCCCCGCAGGAUCAUCAAGGAAACCCAGCGUUUGCUGGCAGAGCCUGUUCCUGGAAUAAAAGCAGAGCCAGAUGAAAGCAACGCACGUUAUUUUCACGUGGUCAUUGCAGGUCCACAGGAUUCCCCCUUUGAGGGUGGGACAUUUAAACUUGAACUAUUCCUUCCAGAAGAAUAUCCAAUGGCAGCUCCUAAAGUACGUUUCAUGACCAAAAUUUAUCAUCCUAAUGUAGACAAGCUGGGAAGAAUAUGUUUAGAUAUUUUGAAAGAUAAAUGGUCUCCAGCUUUGCAGAUUCGUACAGUUCUGCUAUCAAUCCAGGCUUUGUUAAGUGCUCCCAAUCCAGAUGAUCCGUUAGCAAAUGAUGUAGCUGAGCAGUGGAAGACCAAUGAAGCCCAAGCCAUAGAAACAGCCAGAGCAUGGACUAGGCUAUAUGCCAUGAAUAAUAUUUAAAUGCGCUUUGAACAUCAAGUGUGCAUCACUUCUCCUGUUCUGCCAAGACCUCUUCCUUUUUUUGUUUGCAUUUAAUGGACACAGUCUUAGAAACAUUACAGAAUAAAAUCCCAGACAUCUUCAGUCCUUUGGUGAUUAAAUGCACAUUAGCAAAUCUGUGUCUUGUCCUAAUUCACUAUUGUAACGCAUGAGCAGAGGCUAGAAGCAUCAUCUGGAUUGUUGUGAAAUUGUUUAAAAGCAGCAGCACAUCUCUGCUUUUAAUCAUUUUUCCCAUCAUGGUUUAAGUAUAAGCACUGUGAAUGAAGGUAGGCAGGGUUAGCUGCGGGGCUUUUUGUUUUAAGUUUGUGGGUUCCUCCUCCCUUUUUAUGGUGAUGCUAAUUGCAUUGGUUAAGCAGCUAACCAGUUAUACUUUAGAAUAUACCCUCUAGCCCAGUCUAACUUAGACGCUGUAGAUGGACAAGCUUCAUUGUUUGAACAAAAAUGGGAACAUUAAACAUCCAUCACCUUCACUAAUAAUAUUGUGAUUCUGCUGUCAAGUGUAGAAAAAUCCCUCCAAGAAAAAGCUUGUGACCAUUUUGUAUGGCUUGUCUGGAAAAAUCUCCUGUAAAUCUUAUGUUUUAGUAAAAUAUUUUUUGUUAUUCUACUUUGCCUUUGUACGGUUUAUUUUGCUGAGUUUUUGUUUGUCUGUGACAAUCGUAUUUAAAAAUGGAAACCAGACUUGACAACUUGUCUUCACCAAUCUGACAGACUUAAACAGUAAAGAGAUGGAAUUUGCAAGGAUUUUCUUUUGCUUCUGUUUGAUGGCUUUUGUUAUUAGUUUGUUAUAUGGAUGACCUUACCUAGCCGAUUCAAUAUGACAUUACAUUUGGAAUGAUUUUUCUGAAACAAGUCACUGGUGUAAGCAUUGUAAUCAUAAUCUGAUUUUAGUAAAGCAUUGAUAUCCGUUUUUUUUGGAAAUCAAGCAUCCAGUAGGAGGUUGAAAGCAAAUGGCAGUACUGGUAGUGAGUAUCUAUGUAACUUUGAUUAUCAUCAGGAAUUAGGCUACACACGCUUCUAAUUUCUUCAACUCUUUCCUCUAUUAAUCUAUAAAAUAGCAGUGUCACAGCCAUCUUGUAAAUCAGCUGAUGUUUGCUUAACUGCUUACAGCUAGCACCUCGUACCACUGGUCUUACCUACAAGCCGUACUAAGCUACUUGCUGGAACAACUAGUCUGCUUAAAUAGCAACAAAGCUUCUUUGGAGGGAAGGCAAGUUUAAAAACUUUCUUCUCGUCCUUGUUUUUAUAUGUAUGCAUCUCUUCUGGGAGCCCAGUAUCUCUUUGUGGGAACCUAUCUUAUUGCCUCCCUUUAACUUCUUGUAUCCCUUAUUUUCUGCCCUUCGCACCUUGCCCCUGCCUCCAAACAAAAAUAGCUUUUUAGCUUUUGGUGUGGCCAUCCUGAAAUGUAUAGAUGACAGCUUGCAGUGGGGAGUGUUUUGUCAUGCGAUUCAGAGUUACGGCUAUGAAGCCCAUUGGUAUUCUCUUCCCUCUUUCAUCUCUUACUCUAGUAUCAUCUGGAAAUUUCUAUAGAAUGUGGUGUAUUUAUUGUGGUAUUAUGUAAGAUGAAGAAUAUCUAUUAAAACUACAUUUUCAACAUA